AUGACGUGUUCGGUGUACGGACCAGAUAAAGAAGCGAUGGUCGAUUGGUUGCUAGACGAACGAUUCACAUGGGAACGGCCGUUCGGGUCGGAGGACGCCCACGCCGAGAAGAAGAGCGUAGCCGACGGAUUCCGCAAACGGGGUGGCUUAGAGAAUGGGCGUACUGGGCUUCCUGGUUCGUAACCGGGCCAGGAGGACUUCGGCCCUUGUACACAGUCGACAAGUUAGGUUAAGCCACUAUGGUUACUCGGGAUAUUUAACGAUACACGCGAAUGCCUGUCCCCGCAAAGGGCGGAAAACGGUAUACGGAAUUGACGGUUAAUUACAGACUGCAGUCGUCGAUAAACGGCGGCGGCGGCGGGGAAAGUAUUGAGAAAACAGAUUCCCCAUUGUUGUCGGUGAACGAUGAAAAAAAAAAAGAAAUCGUACAAACGGAGCGGUCCCGCAAUACGUUUCCCGCGGUGUAUCUGCACUACAGAAUACACGCCGAGCAUCGUCCAGAAUCUAAACACGGCGAAUCCGCACUCCCGUGCCCGCGAAACGCGAACAAUAGCGACGAUAUUGCCGUCGGCGAAUAUCGCGCGCGCGCGCUCGCCCGUUUCGCCGGUUAG